CGGUGACUGAGGCGAGCACACAGGCUACAGGCCGUGGUGGGGGAGGUCGUGGGUCUAGAGGGCGUGGACGCAGUGGAGGUCGUGCAUACAGUGGAGGUCGUGGAGGUGGUCACGAGGAUGACGAUGUCUUGGAUGAUGAGGCGUUGGAGGGCGACUGGGGCAUGUACAUGGAUGGUGUCGGGUCAUCGCGAUGCACGUCUGACGCUGCUGCCCAGCCAUCCCACCCCCCUGGCCAUGAGAAUAGUGCAGAACACACAUCCUGUGCCCAAGCUGGCCCUCGGUCCCCACCACCCACUCGGCUGUCUCCCCCAUUGUUUGCCGACUCUGCCCAUGACGGUGGCUGUAUAUUUGUACCCACCCCUGGCCGACCGACACCACCUAUAGUUCAAGCUGAGCCCACCCAGGACCCUUCACUUCCUAACCCUGAAGAACCGGCUGCACAGAUCGAACAGAUACAGGGUGAGAAUAUAGUGCCGGUACAUGGGUUGCGAAGAUCACUCCGCACUGACAUACAUCCCCCUGGUUGUGGGACCGGUGACGGUAAGACGAGACCGGCGAAGGCAGUUGUGAGGAAACGAAAAGAUCGUUGAGCCGUUGAUGAUGUGGAGCUUAUGGGG